UUGCAACGACUCUGCUACAUAAAUUAAUCUGCGUGUGAUUUGUACACAUUGCAGCGAUCCACGCCACUCUGCCCUAAUAAUAGUGCUGGCUUGCAAAACACGGAAUCUUCGAAGCAUUACGCCUCUCCUCCAAACGGGUGUAGAAUGUUUCAUGGAGCUGAUGGCGGCCGCAUAUUCUACCAUGGUGUUAUUUUGGUCUCACGUCCCCACUUUUCUCGGCCCCCGCUGCCGUUCUGUGACCACUGCGCCCCUUUGACCGGUAGCCUACAGGCAAUUUCGGCCCCCUACAUAGAAGAACUGACCACUCAUACGCUCGUUAUGUAGAUCUCUCAGCGCUUCGCGUAAGUAAUGCUGGUGUAUUCUGACAGGCGUUUUUGGGCCUACACGAACUCUGAAACUAGAUUCGGGGCUGCUGCCUUGGAAGCCUGAUCGCAUAUCGGCAUGGAAGCCAAUCCACUGCCUAACAUGGGUCACAAUUUAAUGUCCGCUGGAGGAUUUGAUUUUCGUUAAAUAGCUGCCCUUUUCUGUCUUUCAUACUAUCCCUCAAUCGCAAAAUCCAGUCCGUCGGCGCGAAAAUUGUGAACACCUUCACUUUACCUUCCUAUCUACUCGCAUCGGUUCUUGUUGCGAUCGCUGAAUACAGUUUCGAGCUCUACCGCCAUCAACUCAUAUCGUUGGCCCUAUUUCUGAACCGCGAGCCUUCCACGAUACCCUAGCACUUGAAUCCACAACGUAUUCGACAAAAUGAUGGGCUCAAUUGCGGUAUUUGCUAUUCGGGGUGUUCAGUUCCUGGUGGCAGUUAUCAUUCUCGGCCUCUCAGUCAACCUAGUCGUAGAACACAAAUGGGGAUCUCUACCAGCUACUCUGGGAUUCACAGUGUUCGUGAGCGGCAUCUCAUUAGUCGCCGUACUGGCAGGGUUUGCCUCGAUCUGGGUGGAGAAACUGCAAGGAAAAAUCGGCAUGAUCAUUGACGGCGUGGUGGCACUCAUCAAUGUCGCUGGUGGAGCACUCAUUCUCAUCAAGCUUAAGGAUAUCGACUGUAAAGAUGAGAGUGACACAUACCGUUACAACGUUCUCCAAGAAAACGACUUGCUCAACGGCGGCUGCAUAAAAGUAGGGAAGGAUAUAGCAUGCUUGAAUAUGGUAGAAGAAUCGCGACGUUCGCGUCUGAAUGGCCGUUGUAAGCAGAGUCAGGCUGACGCCGCUUUCAUGUUCAUCUUGGUCGCCGCGCUUGUUGGUUCUGCUACCUUGGCUUUCCUCCGAUUGAAGAGGGGACAUUAG